AAUUAAGAAAAUGGGAACAUCACGGAGGAAAGGCAGUGUUGUACCACUCGGCUCACAGUUCCCCUUAGAGGAAAUUCACAAAGCGUCCAAACGCGUUCAAGAUGCCAUCACCGAUAAGAACAACGAACUCCACCGCUUACAAACCUUUCUCUCCGACAACAACAACCUUGUCAACCUCGUCCAGAAGCUUCCCGAACAACUCUCUCACGAUGUCAUGGUUCCGUUUGGGAAAGCAGCCUUCUUCCCUGGUCGUUUGAUUCAUACCAAUGAGUUCCUGGUUCUUUUGGGAGAAGGCUAUUAUGCUGACAGAACUUCCAAACAAACUGUUGAGAUUUUGCAACGAAGAGGGAAGACCUUGGAUUCACAGGUUGAUUCUAUUCAGGCUAUGAUCAAGGACCUUGAAGCUGAGGCCUCUUUGUUCAAUGCUACAGCUUCUGAAGUAGAGGACGGUAUUGUGGAAAUAAUGGAAGAAUAUGUGGAGAACGGCUCUGACGAUGGGGAAUCUGAAUCAGAGUCACCUAUGGAAGAUGCUCCUAGUUGUGGGAAUGAUACAGCCACGAAAGUGGAGUAUGCUUCUUUAUUAUCAAAAAUGGAUGAACUUGAGAAACAAGAAGAGCUUGAUGCACAAAAUGGUGAUUCAAGUGAGGAAACUACUGUUGAUUUUGAUCAUAGUCCAUAUCAGAGGCCUGUUGAUAACAACCCCCAAAACCCAGAAGAUAUUAAUCAAGCCACACCACUGGACCGGGUGGCUAACAAUAAUUAUUUUGCUAAUGAUCUUCGGAAAAAACAUAAUCAUCAAGAAGAUAUAGCUGAUCAGUUGAAUUUUGCAAGCCUGGCUGUUCAAUCUCAGGUCAGAGAAGGGAAAAAUUUAUCACAAAAUGUGAAAUCCGUCGAUGCUAGUUUGAAGCAUCCCAUAUCUCAAGCAGCUUCUGCUUCGAAAAUUGAGGCUUUUACAGGCUCCAUCGUUGAGCAUGCCGAGAAUUUACAAACUUCUUCAAGAGAACAAAGUUCAACUUCACAGGUUUCAGGUUCUCAAUCUUUAAAACCAGUCUCCAGAUUCAAAAUGCAGAGAAGAUAGAUACAUUAUUAUGAGAAGGUUGUUUGAAGCUCUAAGAUGUGCUUGUUAUUAGAAUCAAAAGCAGAAAAAGUGAAUGUGGGAUAAGCCGUUGUGAAAAAUAUUGUGCUCUCCGCAUGUAGAAUGAAGAAGAAUCCAAAGAAACAAAGGCAUAAUUUGUACCACUUUUAAACAAAAUAUUACAAAUUUUCUGCUUUGUAGUGGAUUGGAAUGAAAAUGAACAAUUUUUAUUUCUAAUGGCAAAUAAAGUUCAUAUUA